UGAUGGAAAUUAAAUAUUACACUGGUGAUGAAAGGAUUUUGUUCUUGUCAAGCAUAUUCUGGCGGUACUUUCAUCUUUCUUUUUUAUCUCUCUCUCUUUCACAGGACUGGACAAAAAACAGUCACAGGCUCUUCUGGUCCUUGCUACCGCCCCUCUUUAUUUUAUUGCUACUUUUAUUGCAUCCCCUUUUCUUUUAUUGGUACUCUUUCUAUUCAGACCACUUCUUGACCCCCUACUCAUUUGACAGUUUCUCCAUUUGACUAUCCAUCACAGAAUAACUGGUAGCUAUUUCCUGUACCAUCAGAGCACUGUUCCUCCCCCCCUCUUUUGUGGGAUCUGACAGGUAAAUUUAGCAUGUGGUCCAACUUCUUUGUGCAGCAGGAUGAGGAAGGUCGCAUCGGGGUGGCGGGGGCUGGACAUGGCACAGCCCUGGGUGGGACAAAAGUUGGCAGGGGACAGAGGAGGAUGCAAAAGAUGAGUGACAGUCAGGAAGGGAAGAUCAAGCUGGCCUUCUUUGUGUCAAUAAUUGGCAUGACCCUGACGGUGUUGGGGAUGGGGACAGAGUUUUGGGUGGAGCUGGCCCAACCGAAGAAUUUCAGUGGCAAUGAGACAUGUCAGAUGGCCCAUUACGGCUUGUGGAAGGGCUGCAUCCGCACUCUGUGGGUGGCCGACAUCGAUCCUGAGAGGACAAGCUGUGGCCCCGCUGAACUACCUGGAGAGUCCAACUGUACUUACUUCAAAUUCUUCACCUCUGGGGAGAACGCAGUCAUAUUCAAGAAGACGACUACCAAAAGUCUAAAUCUGGCGGCAGCUGUCUUGGCACUGGUUAGUCUGACAAUGAUGGUGAUGGGCUCCAUCUGUAUCAUCAUGUCCCUCAGCAAAGGAGGACACUUCUUUCUCAAGCCAGCCUCCUUCUGUUUUAUCCUGUCAGGUAUAAUGGUGCUGAUUUCUGUGCUGGUGUUCCACCAAUCAGUGUUGGCCUUACUGUCCAGCAAUCACUCCAUACCAUUACACCAUGAGCUGUCAUGGUCUGUGGCCUGUGUGGGUUCAGCAGGAGCCAUCCUUAUAGUCGGGGGACUUCUUUUCAUCAUCCUCUCCCUUCCAUUCAGCCCUUGUCAGAAAUGUUGGCCCUAUAAGAAUAGCACCACCUAGCACUUGUGCUCACAAUCUGCACAUUUUUGACAUUUUGCUUGAGAGCGAGUGUAAAACUCCUGUUUCUUGAGCUUGCUCUUGGUAUAAUUCACCUAAGGUCUUAAUCAAACUUACAAAGUUAUGACACAUAAGGAUAAGCCACCCAGAAGUAGUUUUUUUAUAACUUGCCUUGAUUGUUGUUGAGUGUUAUGCUGUGUUUACUUAAAUAAGUCAUAUAUAUGCUUGUAAGUGUAAAUUAUUCUAAUUAUUCAAUCAUUGUGCUCAGUUGAAAAUCACUUUAUCAUCUAGUUAAAAGUCUUUAAACAGCCCCAUCAUAGUGCACAAGCAAAAGAAAAAGUCCCCAUGGGAGAUGAAAAUUGGAGAUGCUUUAAUUUUUGACUCCUGGACAAACUAAAAUUUAUCACAAUUUUUAGUGUUUACCCCAUAAUUCAGGAACUUUAGACCCCAAUUUAAUUUUAUUUAGCGAUGUGAAGAACUUGACGUGUAUGGUGGUUUAUAUCCCAACAUACAAUUUGCCCAAACUGCAGGUUUUUAGAAAUAAAACCACAAAGCUUUGUACACUGGCAGUCAUCCCGAAUCCAGAAGUUUCAAAUAGUGAAGGUUUGUCAGAAAUCUGACAAUGACCGACAUCGGGACAGGCGUUCUUUGACAUACGACAAUAAUGCAUCCUCUUGGUUUUCCAUCAUUUUGGUUAUUGUUUCUGUGAUGGAUUGUGGUCAGGUUACUAUAUAUGCAUACUGUAUGUCCAUGAAGAUAACACAAAAGCAGUGUCUGCAAAGUGACUUUUGAUGAUGUCAGGUCAAGUCUGGGAGUACAAACUACAGCUUUUACAAAUCUUAAAUUUCAACAUAAUCGGAGCAUUAAUUAAAAAUUCUUGAUCCUUUGUAAAUCCACCUGAAUUCACCAUGUUUUGAAAAAAUGUUCCCAACAAACCUCUGAUUUUUUUCAUACUUUCACAAAAUAAUGUUAUUAUUUAUAGUAAACACCAGGCAGAUUUUCAGCCAUAUAUCUUCAUUUGUUUUUGAGAUAUCGGUGCUUGGAAAUGGGCUGUGACACUGAUUUUAAGUGAUUGGUACAGAAAGAGAUGCCAAGUUCAAUAAGUCAUUACUUGUGAGCUAUUCACACUAGGUGCAUGACAUUUUCAGGAGUUGUUCUUAGGUGCAAGACUUCUCAAACUACUGUUAAAAAAAAGACCCACAGUUACAUAUUUGCCAUUUUAUAAGUUGCUGCACUGAAAAAAGUGAAACAUCAG